AUGAACCGCCUUCGUCGAUCAAUUCGUCAGUCGUUUCGCAGGGGACGAAGACACAGUCCUGAGAGCAGUACUGGAAAUGGAGGACAUAAGCAAGAGCAAUGGCAACCGGAUGAAGCAGCCGUACGAGCUGGCCUAUGUCAUUUCAAUGUUAAGUACCUCGGUGCCAUAGAGGUAUACGAGUCUCGUGGUAUGCAGGUGUGCGAGGGAGCCCUGAAAAUGUUAAGGAGUAAUAGACGGCGAUCGAUCAAAGCAGUUUUGUAUGUGUCUGGAGAUGGAUUACGAGUGGUUGAUCAGGAGAACAACAGAGGAUUGAUUGUGGAUCAGACAAUAGAGAAAGUCUCUUUUUGCGCUCCGGAUCGCAACAAUGAUAAAGGCUUUGCUUACAUUUGUAGAGACGGAACAUCCAGACGAUGGAUGUGCCAUGGUUUCCAUGCAACAAAGGAAUCGGGAGAACGCCUUUCUCAUGCCGUUGGAUGCGCGUUCUCAAUCUGUUUGGAGAGGAAAAAGAAACGAGACGAAGAAAAUAUGCAGAGUUUGGAAAAAGCUGAUUCGACUAGUGCACUCCAACGGACAAAUCAAGCCUAUCAGUCUUUCCGAAAACAAAUACCUAUUAGUGAAAGAUUACAGGAUCCACAGUUAGCAAUCAUUACUAAUGCUCCACUGUCGUCAACCUAUCAGCCUGCACCCAGUAUAGCAAAACCUCGUCCUUCUCCGAACCCAGCUUUAUUCCAGAGACAGGGUUCCCUUCGAGCGCCCGACAUGUCGUCUGCGACACAAUUUCGACGAAAGUACUCGUUACGAACGAGUUCUUUUGCAACAUUUGAAUUACAAAAAAUGACUUUUAAAAUCCAUUUGCUGUCCGCAUCUGUGUCCCCGUGA